AAAACAAAAACAGACACACAGACAACAAAAUGUUUUCUCUCUCUUUCUUUCUUUUUUUCUUUGUAAUUCAAUUUUUGCACUUGAAUUGUAACAAUUUAUUUGGAACAUCAGAUAAUUUUCUUAUAUAUUAAAAUUCAUCAUCAUCAUCAUCAUUUGAUUCAGCAGCUAUAUAAUUGAUGAUUUUCAAUAAUAAAAAUCAAUUUGAUUUUUUUUUUUAGUUUAUAUUUACAUAUAAUAGUUUGAUUGUCAACAAAACACACGCACAAAUGAUAUAUGAUUAUAAACAACGUUUUAUUGUUUCUACUAUUUCAUUAUUUUCAUUAUGUUUUUGUUACAAUUUUCAUAAUGGUUUUAUGGAACCAUCAAACAAUGAUAAUGAAAAUGGUCGACCACAACAGAUACACAUUUCUUUAGGACCCAAUACCAGUGACAUUAUUAUUACAUGGACAACGUAUUCAUCAUGUAAUCAAACAAUGGUUAAAUAUGGUAUCGAUUCGAAUCAAUUGAAUCGAUUUGCAUUUGGUGAUUGUAAUGUAUUUAUUGAUGGUGGUCCUAAACAUCGAAAACAUUAUAUUCAUCGUGUUCGAUUGUCAAAUUUAAAGCCUUCCACUCGUUAUUAUUAUCAAUGUUAUGGAUCAAAUGGAUUUCAAACACUUUCAUCGUUAUUGUAUAAUUUUAAAAGUCCUAAUCCAUACAAUGAUUGGAAUGCUCGUAUAUUAAUUUUUGGAGAUUUAGGCUUAGAAAAUGGCCAAUCAAUACCACGUAUACAGAAAGAAAUUGAUGAUGAUAAUAUUGAUAUGAUAAUACAUGUUGGUGAUUUUGCCUAUGAUUUGGAUUCAAAUGAUUCAUAUGUAGGUGAUGCUUUCAUGAGACGAAUUGAACCGAUUGCAUCCAGAGUACCAUAUCAAACUUGUCCUGGCAAUCAUGAACAAAAUUAUAAUUUUUCCAAUUACAUCAAUCGUUUCACAAUGUACGAUAUGAUCGAUAGUAAUAUCAAUAAUCAUUAUUAUACAUUCAAUGUUGGACCAAUUAAAUUCAUAUCAUUUUCAACUGAAUUCUAUUUCUUCAUUGAAUAUGGUUUCACACAAAUGUUUCGUCAAUAUGAAUGGUUGGAAAAAACAUUGAUCAAUGCAAAUGAAAAUCGCCAUAAACAACCAUGGAUUAUAACAUUCGGUCAUCGGCCAAUGUAUUGUGGCAAUGAUAAUUAUGAUGAUUGUACAAGAUUCGAAUCAAUCAUACGAAAAGGAUGGCCAUAUAUUGGUUUAGGAUUGGAAGAUUUAUUCUAUAAAUAUGGUGUCGAUAUAGAAAUUUGGGCACAUGAACAUAGCUAUGAACGUAUGUGGCCUGUUUACAAUACAAUCGUCCAUAAUGGUACUGUUGAUCCAAAUAAUCCAUAUUAUAAUGCACAAGCACCAAUACAUCUAAUAACUGGAUCAGCUGGUUGUAAAGAACGUUUAGAUUUAUUUCGUUCACCACAGCCAUGGAGUGCUAAACGUAUUGUUGAUUAUGGUUAUACAAAAUUCCAUAUAAUUAAUCGUACACAUAUUUAUAUUGAACAAAUAUCCGAUGAUCAGCAAGGUACAAUUGUCGAUUCAUUUACUGUAAUUAAAAAUAAUGAUUUACCUGUUUGGCUACAUGAAUAAUAAUAAUCAAGCGAAAUAAACAGACACAAUCAAA